AUGCUAGAUGAAGAACUGAAGAUAGCCGCUGCAGAUGAUGAAGUCAGAGCUGCAAUUGCAGAUAAAAUUAGUAGAGAACGUAUUGGCCAUGAAGUAUGCUUGCUUUGCGUUGCUUGCAUGGAUUCUACAUGGAGACUCUUGCAAUUACUUGAACUCUCCUCAUUCACUGAUGACCAGAGAAGGCUCUGCCUGUAUGCUGCUUUGUUCCUUCCCUUUAGGAAGACUAUUUACACAGACAAGAAAGGGAAAAAGAUCCCAGUUGCGAGUUACAUAUUUCGCAAUUCUCUCAAGUUGAAGGGUAGUGAUGCUGAACCUGUUCUGAGUUUGCAUUUUGCAGCGGAAAAAUUCGUGUCCUUGAUUCCUUUGAUCCUGUCUAAUGAGGAUAUACAAAUUCUUGUAGUUGACUGGAAAAGAGAAAUUAUUGAUGUUCCUGAUGCUUCAAAACUCAGAAUAUUGGCUGGAUUGCUGCUGCGAGAAAUUAAAGAAUUUUGGCGUGCCGCACUCGUGCUUUCUAUGCUGUUGCCCCCUACCAUAAUUGGUUGCCCCACAAAUCCAUCAAACAAGGACUCUGAGAUGGGCAGGAAAAGCGAAUUAUUUAAGGGAAUUGAGAAAGCAAUUUUGGACCUAGGUUUAGAAAAAGUAUGGGAAAUGAAACCAUUGGUUAAUGGAAAGGAUAUCAUGAAUGUCUUGGAGAUCAAAUCAGGAGGACCCGUAGUCAAGGAAUGGCAACAAAAACUGCUCGAGUGGCAGCUUGCACAUCCCUCUGGGUCUACAGACGAAUGCAUUGAUUGGAUGAGGAUAAUUCAUUCAAAAUGUGCGAGGACAGAAGAUCACUCCUGUACUGGAAGGCACAGAAUUAGAAACGAAAAUGUAAAAUAUCCCACCCUUGGGAAAAGGGGAUAUGAACUGUUGAGAAAGUAA